AUGGAUCCUAAAAAGGGUACCAUCCAUCAAAAUUCUGUUAUUAAUGCGAGAAUUGCAACAUGGUUAACAGAGGAUGAAAUAAAACACGCACUUUCUGCAGAGCAAUUUAUAUCAAAGCUUAACGAUACUCAAAAAGAAGAAUUGAAAGUUUGCACUGAUUCACUUUCUCUCUUUGAAGCAUUAGAUAUAAAUAACAGUAUUAAUGCAUUUAACUUCAUGUGCGUAAAACCACAACCCGCAAAGAGAGGAACUAGAUACCUUGCUAUUCUUCAAGAAAAUAAAAACCUUACUGCUAUUGAUGUAGCCACUAAUUUGGUAACUCAUAUCGGAACCGUAGAACGCGUAACAUCGAAGCCAAAAAGAACUUUAUUCUUUAAAUUGACAACGGAAAAGAAACCACGCGAAUUUUCAGUGAAACAUCAAUUAGAAUCUCUCCAAGAUUGCCUGGAAGGAAUUGUCAAGCCGAAUAAGACUAAUAUUCAUCCUUUAAUCGUUUUACUUCAGCCGUUUAUCGAAUUACCCGAAGAAGUUCCAAGUACGUUCCCAGAGCAUUUCGAUUACAUCAUCAAAGAAAGCUUUACGAAACUGAUAUUAUCUGCCAAUACGUCAAUCUUGAAUGCUUUACAAGAUAUCGCACUUCCCUCAGCAGGCACACGAAAUAUUGGCGAUCUUAUUGCCUAUUUGGGUAUUAAUCAUCAUCAAUUAUUUUUCAUCGUUAAUGCUCUUUUGCCAAUCUGCUUUGAUAAAAUCAAAUCACCAUCGCUUAUUCUACGUGGAGAAAGUAUUGUGACAAGAGUUAUCAAUACUACAAGAAAUCACUACUGUUCCGAAUAUUAUUCAGAUUUAAUUCAAAAACUUGAAGCAGCAGUAACAAGUUUGAACUCAUCUGAAGAAUUCCUACCAGCCGCAAUUGAAGUUCUUCGUCAAAACCCACCACCUGCCAUUUUACGAUUAUUAAUGCUUUCUGCUAACAAUGCUGCCAAAGAAAGAUUCCCAGAAGAACCAAAUGCAGGAAAUUUCGCAAUGUCAAAUGUUUAUUUGCUCAGAGGCCUUGGUCCAAAACUCACACCAAAGAACCCAGAUUUACAGCUCAAAUAUUCACUCAUUACAAUGCUUUUCAACUUUACAAACAAUCCUAACGUAGUUCCUUUCACUCCUUACCUUAGAGAUUAUUUAUCUUCUCUUAUUCAAGAUAUAAAUUACGAGGAAAUUCAGAAUUUACAACCAAUUCCUGACAAGGAAAUAGACUCAUUGCUCAAAGAGACAUUUAUUUUCUUCUUAACACAAAGAACACAAUUUAAGGAAUAUCUUGAGAAACCAUUCACUUAUUCCAAGCAUGCAGUGCAGAUUUUCUUAGAGCAAUGCGUUCGCUUACUUCAAUGA